AUGGUGCAUAUUUUAGGACAUCGUGUGUUGAUCUUCUCGCAAAUGACAAAAAUGUUGGACGUUUUGGAGGAUUUUUGUGAGAACGAAUGUUACAAAUAUGAACGCAUUGAUGGUUCGAUCACAGGACAGGCGAGACAGGAUGCUAUUGAUCGAUUCAAUGCACCGAACGCACAGCAGUUCGUCUUCUUGCUUUCGACUCGUGCUGGUGGAUUGGGUAUUAAUUUAGCUACUGCAGACACUGUGAUCAUUUACGAUUCUGAUUGGAAUCCGCACAAUGAUAUUCAGGUUUGUUUCGGUUGA